GUUCUUGGGUUACACACUUCCCACCCUACCCUCCUUCUCCUCUCAAUUCUUUCUUUGAAAAUUGACCCCAACACGAAUUCCAAGACUAAAAAAUUCUCUCUCUCUCUCUCUCACUCUCUUACUUUUUCUCUCACUUUUUAUCUCAUACAAAACACUCGACAAUGCUCCUGCCUCAGGGCUCUUGGCUCUCGAAGACCAGAAGAUGGAGGUGAUGAAAUCUUCUCUCUUUCUUCUGUAUCUCCUUUCUCCGGUUUUUUCAGGUGGAGGUGUAGAAGGUUACUACUCCACUGGGGUUUCUGAGAGCUUGACCAGAAACAUUUUUUAUCCUGGCCAUGAAUCAGUUAAAGAUAUUAAUACUCAGAGAAUCAAGCACCUGAAACUCUUUGAACCAGACCCUGUGAUGUUAAAGUCUUUGGCUUACUCAGGCCAAACUAUAGCUGUUUCAGUGAGAAAUGAGUAUCUCUCUUCUGUUUCUUCAAGUGUUUUACUAGCUGAAAAAUGGCUUAGAACCUGUGUUCUUGCUCACUUCCCUGCUAUUAAAGUCAAUGCCAUUGUCGUCGCAGAAAACUUACUCUGCAAGGAUACUGAAAUCCAGGAACGGGGUAUGAUUUUACCAGCCAUCAGAAACCUUCAUAGUUGCUUGAUAAGAUGGGGAUUGAGCAAACAAAUCAAGGUUUCGACUGCUAUAUCCAUGGAUUGCCUUCUGACAAAACCAAAAUUUUCUCCAUCUUCUACUAAGUUUAGAGGAAAUUUAGCAAAGAAAUUCAUCAAACCCCUGCUCAUCUUUAUGUCCAAGUCGCAGGCACCUUAUUUCAUAACCUCUCAGACCCACCUUCAAAACCUAACCCUUUUAGACAUGAUUUCUGCUCACUCAGCCGCCAUUAAGGACUUGGGUUUUUCAGAAACAAGGUUUACCAUCCUCACAGAAACACCAUCUCAUCGAAAACUCACAGUCGACCCAUACCCACCAAGACCAACUCCAUUGCCAGAAGCAUCACCAUCUCCAUUUCACUCUUCUAUUGGCUUCUCGACCCCUGCGACUGUCACGAAAAACCCAUCUCCUCCAUUGUUUUCCUCUGCAUCCCCUCCAUCUCAAGAUGGAUCAUUCUCAUUUUCACCAGAGGGUCCACGCAUUGUAAUACCUUCAAUGGGUCCUUCAAUGGCCCCUGGAUUAGGCCUAUCUAGUCCUCCAAGCCCUUCAUCUGAAUCGGGCCAUGACCAUUUAAGCCAUUACUGUAAGAAAGUUGCAGAGGGUCCCAGUACUGGACAUGGAGGAGGUAUUGUACAGGCGCUAUGGUGUGUGGCCAAGCCUAGUGUGCCUGCAAAUGAUUUACAGGAACCCAUUGAUUAUGCUUGUGGAGAAGGAGGAGCUGACUGUGAGGCCAUUAGGCCUAAUGGGAGUUGUUAUAUGCCUGACACAGUGGUGGCUCAUGCCUCUUAUGCCUUCAAUAGUUAUUGGCAGAAGAACAAGCAUAGUGGGGGGACUUGCAGCUUUGGUGGAACGGCUAUGCUCAUCAAUUCAGACCCAAGCUUUCUUCAUUGCCAAUUCACCCUGACUUAGGGAAUAAAUGUACGAGGAGAUUACCAAAGAGCACUUGUCUAGCAUUUGAUAUUAGUCUUAAGGAUAAAAGAUCUAGUUCUACUCGCCCAUUGAUAGUAUGUUGUUCUAGCUUUUUUGUGACUGAACCAACUUGCCAUAGGGCUUGAAAACAGUUGAGAGUCUUGUAAUAAUGACUUAUGUAUGGAAUCUCUACUCUUUUUUUUUAUC